UUUUAAUUGAUAGCCUUUGUCUCUGCUACCUUUGUUUAUUUGUCUGGAUAACUGAAUCACCAAACAAAAAAGUAUAUACCGCUAAGUGAUACAUUUCGAUUAUAGAUAAGGACAAUCUCGAAUAUUCAGAGCCAUUUGUUGUAUGGUGUAAGGUACCCAACCACACUGAUCAUUUUGAACAUAGCAGUUUUAUGUCGUACGAAUGAAAUUUGAUAUGAUACUUCGCCAAUUUUUGAGAAUUACAUCUUUCAUUGACAACCAAAGUAAUAGACUUGCCAAAUCAAAUCAAGCGGGACUAAAUUUGCAUGGAACUACCGAUUCUUUCUGCUUCCAAAUUAUACAGUUCAUCGAUUUUAAUCCUAUAUUUGAAGCUAAUGUAGCUUCUGGCAGCACAAAUUUGAUCAAAAUCAAAUUAUUAACAUCCUACAUCUAUAAAAAUACCAGUACUCAAGUAGAACUAGAGUUCUUUAUUUUCAGUUUGAUCAAGGUAUUGUUAAUAGGUUUUUGUAUAUCAAGUUGUAGUGAAGUUGGAAACACUAUUAGUAACUGACAUUCAGAAUUAUGCCUAAUAUACUCAAAUAAAUAAUUCAAACUAUAUCUAUGACAUAAGAUCUGACUAUUACAAUGUCAUUUGAUUAGAACAAAGAUAAAUCAUUAAUAGGACAUUUUAAAUAACUAACUUGAUCUAUAGAACGUAAUUGAAGUAAAAGGGAUUCUACAGGGUUUAAGUACCCUGAAAGAUCAAAGAUCA